CUCCCCGAAGUCUCGCAGCCGCAGAUUAGAAACAAGCUCAAGCCGUGAAUGCAAAGGAGAAAUUUUGGCCACUAGCUAGAAUCACCCACAUAUGCAGAAUAUUCCAACCAGCUGCAUUACAUGAUUUAAUACUGCAGGAAAAGAAGGAGGUUGGAGUAAAUCAGCUCACCUGCCAGGAGGGCUCUUGAAUUAAGAGAGAAAUCUGGCUGGAGAGCAAGGAGAGCUUUGGGUAUUCCUGGACGCUGCCUUUCCUGCACAGCAGAGCAAAGAUGGAAGAAGAAUGCUGCAUAGCCCCUAAAGUAGUUAGAGGCUGUGAGGUUGGAAGCAGUGGGGAAUUUUGGGACAAACCCCAGCACAAGAUUCCAGGAGAGGAUACUGCCAGCACUGAAGCACAGCGCCAGCGCUUCAGGCAGUUCUGCUACCAGGAGGCUGAAAGGCCCAGAGAAGUUUGCAGCCGACUCCACAGCCUUUGCUGUCAGUGGCUGAAGCCAGAAAGACACACAAAAGCUCAGAUGCUGGACCUGGUGAUCUUGGAGCAGUUCUUGUCUGUCCUGCCCCCGGAGAUGGUGAGCUGGGUCAGGGAAUGUGGAGCGGAGAGCAGCUCCCAGGCGGUGGCCUUGGCAGAAGGUUUCCUCCUGAGCCGGGCAGAGGACAAGAGGCAGGCACAGUGGCAGAAGCAGGAGGCAGAAUGGGCAGAGAUGGCCCCAUCAAGCCCCAUGCAGAGGCUGCUGUGCAAGAGCAUCACAGAGGAACACAAGAGAGGGGCCCCCUUGCUGGGUGGCAGAGUGGCCUUAGUGCCUGAUUCUAAAUGGACCCCUGUUUGUACUGGAGCCAGAGAAGCGACUGUGUGUCCUCCUCAGGUAGGGAAUAGGUCAUUCAUUGAGGUCAUUGCUUGUCUCUAAUCAGCAUCUGAUUGCAUUUUUAUUUAUUUUAACAUAUCUGUAUACCACCCAAAACACAAGUCUCUGUGCAAUUUACAUAUCCUCCUUAAUAAUCCCUUUCAUUCCCUCAUUGUCUAACAGUCCAACUGCCUCCCUGACAUGUUUCCUGCUUUGGAUGUAUUUAAAGAAGUUUUCGUUAUUCCCACUGAUGCUUUUAGCUAAAUGUUCCUCAGACUCUCUUUUUGUCUCCCUUAUUGUCACCUUGCAUUUCUUUAGCCAGAGUUUGUGUUCCUUUCUGUUCUCUUCAUUUGGACAGGCCUUCCAAUUUCGGAAGGGAGUCUUCUU